GGGAAGUAGCGGAGCGAGUGGGUAUGGGAGAAGCUUUCCCUGCCAAAGUGAGCUCCCAGUCCUUCUGCUGGUGCUGCAGGUGAUCAUCUGCCCGUUGGAAGUAAAGCCAGCAGGGCCUUUCUGUCCUGGCAUCUCCUGGGUGGGAGCCAUCCUUGGACGCAUCCCAUAUCGGAGGUGAUAUCCCCAUCAGCUGGUCCUGGAUGUAGGAAAUAUGAAUGACUGGCAGAGAAAAAGCCCUCUAGACUGGGAAACGUAUGUCAACAAAUUGGUCAAAGUUGUUGCAGUUGAGAAACAUGAAUAUGAAGGAUGGGUUUUAACAGUUGACCCAGUUUCUGCCACCAUUGUCCUUGCAACAUUCCCAGAGAACGAGAAAGGGUCCAUAUCAUUCGUCAUGGGCCACGCCAUCCAAGAGGUCGAAAUACUGCAGGAAGGGGACAGUGACAUGAAGCAGCGCCUCGCUCGCAUCUCUGCGCCCGAGGAAAGCCAGGCCUACAGCCCAGAGGAGCUGGAGAAGAGGAAGAACGCCUUGAAGACUUGGCUGGAGACAAACCACAUCCCCGUGGGUGAGCAGGGGGAGCUGGGCAGGACGCUGAGCGUGGCAGGGGUGCUGACCAUUGAGCCCCCGUACGGCCCUGAGCAGUGCAGCAGCGCCAACGAGAUCAUCCUGGCCCGCAUGCAGGGCUUGCUGCAGGGCUACCUCGAGCAACAGCGCUGAGGCCCUGCUGAUGAGACCUUUUGUUUCUAGGAACUCUCCUGUUUUAGAAACUCUCCUGGGCAUCAGUAUUCACUGUGUGCAGAAAUCCUGCGUUUUGGGUACUUUUGUCUUGGUUUUUUGUAUGCAAAGGAAGGGAUAAAACGAGAAGUAUAAACUCAAAGCACAAGCAUUUUUUUCAUUAAUUGUUUUUAUUAGAAGCAAUCAGUUGGAUAAUGCUGAUGUAUUAAACUGAUUUAUCAGUUUAACUUGUUUAGAAUUUUUGUAAGAGUACUGUUAAAGGUGAUAUAUAAUACAUUUAAACUGUCUUCCCUUUAAAACUAGUUUAAUUAUCAAGUGCUGGAGGCAUGUUUAUUUGAACUGCUUACCAGAUGUAUUUUUUUUUUCAAGAAAGAGAAUUAUGACAUGUGGACUUCCCAAACCAAAUUCAAAAAAAUGUUCAUAAAGCUGUUUUGUUUUGUA